UUAGGCGAGUGGGCGCGGUUAGCUGAGCGAUGGGCGUGACUAGCCGGUUGGUGGGCGUGUUCCGUCAGAUGAUGGGCAUGUGCUGUGUCAGUCCGUGUCUCCGGGGUACGGGCUGCACAGCUCGCCAGGCACAGUGAGCAUGAACCGGGCCGGCACGGACAGCCUGUGCUCCACCACCAGCGACUAUCUGAUCUGCAGCCAGUGCCACAGAGUGCUCAGCAAGGAAAAGAAAAUGCUAAUCUCUCAGCCUUCAAGAGGACCAAGUGCCUUUAUACCAGAAAAAGAGUUUGGCCAAUCGAACGAUGCAGACAAACUCGUCAACAGGCUGGUGGAAGAAUACAGCACCUCCGGACGUCUGGACAAUAUCACCCAAGUCAUGAGUUUUCACCCGCAGUACCUAGAGUCCUUCCUACGUACCCAGUUUUACAUGCUACGCAUGGACGGGCCCCUACCGUACCAUUACAGGCACUACAUAGCAAUUAUGGCUGCUGCCCGGCAUCAGUGCACAUAUUUGAUAAACUUGCAUGUCGACGAGUUUCUGAAUACUGGGGGAUCAUCUGAAUGGCUAAAAGGUUUGCAAUAUGUACCUCAGAGGCUAAAAAAUCUCAACGAAAUAAACAAAAUUCUGGCACACAGACCAUGGUUAAUAACAAAAGAGCACAUACAGAAACUGGUGAAGACCGGAGAGAAUAACUGGUCACUGGCUGAGCUGGUACAUGCCGUGGUACUGCUGGCUCAUUACCAUGCACUGGCGAGCUUCGUGUUUGGUAGUGGCAUAAACCCAGAAAGAGACCCGGAUGCAUCAAAUGGAUUCCACCCGGUUGUGAAAAGCAAGCUUUGCGUUUGCGAUCUUGCCAACGACAAUAACAUAGAAAACACAAGUCUUACGAGUAACAAUAUCGAGCAGAACAUGGAUUCGGAAAGUGAACUAGAGGCCCUGAUGGAAAGAAUGAAAAAGCUGCAGGAAGAGAAAGAAGAGGAGGAAGCAUCCCAGGAGGAAAUGGCCACUCGCUUUGAAAAAGAAAAGAAGGAAAGUCUUCUCGUUAUUUCUGGAGCUUUCGAUACUGAUAUGGUUUCUAUGACAAAUGCCUCUCGUUACAUUGAGGAUCCUGGGUUUGGCUAUAAGGAUUUUGCCAGACGUGGAGAGGAACAUCUGCCUACAUUCCGGGCACAGGACUACUCUUGGGAAGAUCAUGGCUUUUCGCUCGUUAACAGACUUUACUCCGAUAUCGGACACCUACUAGACGACAAGUUCCGAAUGGUCUACAAUCUCACAUAUAACACAAUGGCUACCCACGAGGAUGUGGAUACCACCAUGUUAAGAAGAGCCUUAUUUAAUUAUGUCCAUUGUAUGUUUGGGAUCAGGUACGACGACUACGAUUAUGGAGAAGUUAAUCAGUUACUUGAGCGGAGCUUGAAGGUUUACAUUAAAACAGUGACCUGUUACCCCGAACGAGCAACCAAACGAAUGUACGACGGCUACUGGCGUCAGUUCAAGCACUCUGAGAAGGUCCACGUGAACCUGCUUUUGAUGGAAGCUCGCAUGCAAGCAGAACUUCUGUACGCCCUCCGUGCCAUAACCCGUCACUUGACCUGAGUGUUGGGCAUAGAAAGCGACUACCUGCAAAACCAAUUCUCUCUCUUUUUAACUAGAUAGCAACAGAAGUGGUCUGUGAUGUAGCAUCAAACAUAUAUGCAUAUCUAGCGUCAACGUUUGCCACACUUGCGGCAGUUAUGUGCAAUGAUCUGUGUUUUCUAUAUCUGAUGCUUUUCAAUACUAAUAUUGCAGAAAUCUCACUACUAUAAUUUUUACUAUUCUUAUUUUCUAAGCAGCCACUGCAAUGCAGACUGCCUUUCCAACAACCUUAUUGUUUAGAUCUUCAUUAAGCUCAUUUCAUUGUAGCAAAUCAGGUUUGACUUGUUCCAGUUAACUGUAGUGUGUUUGCUUGCCAUAGCAAAAACAAAACACAAAAAAAAGGUAAUUCAGCUGACCUGGCUACUUUUAAAAAUGUAUAUUUACAUAUAUAAAUUGUAAGCUUUUUUUUUUUUUUUUUUCUAUUUCCUUUAACCAGUUUGCUAACAAAAAAAAAAUACACAAUUAUGUGCCAUAAAUGGAAUCUUUAGAUGUAUACAUAUUAUUUGCUAGCAAAGUGAAGCUACGUCUACAUCUGCAGGCUCGCGAGCUAGUUUUGGUGCUUUAAUUCUCCCAACUCUGCUAAAAGGACAUUCUUGAAAGUAGAUGUUGGUUUCUGGCUUAAAUGAGAGGAAAAAAAAAUGUGAAAAGUUUAAGUAUGUUAUAGUAUAUUCUGCAGCAAGCUACUCACAGUACACAGCUCAAAUGUACAUGUGUAUACAUACAACUAUGCUAAUUUCGUUCUCUUUUCAAUCCUCUGAAUUCAAUAUAUUUCUACGCCUUGCGAUUUAAUAGCACUCUUGUUUCAGAUGCACAAUUGUGGAUAUUUGACCUCCAUAACUCUUAGUAAAUUGGGACUGCAGUAGUACUGCACAAUAUGAAUGCUAAACAGCUUUAAUCUAGUAAACAUGUGGAUCCGUACAUUACCAAACCUCUCAUGCAGCCAUCAGCCAUGUAGCAAAGUGGCUGGCUAUUCAUGGUUUAUCAGUAAAAAGAAACAAGAUGCCUUUUUAAAAGACCAUGUUUGCACACAGCUCAUAUACUAUUUACAUGUAUCUUGUAGGAUGGCAGCUUCCUGUAUGACAAAAGUGAGGCUACGGUAGUUCUUGUUUCUUGUUUUCAGGUUUGUUGCUAUUCCAACAAAAUGCUUAUUAUAUGUUAAAACUAGUAGUCCUAUAGGUGACUCUACCAAUUGGACCCUUAAGGACCAAUGACCGUCUUCUCCAGAAUGACCUUACACCAACAUAAAAUGGCCACCUUCAGUAACACAUCAUGCGUUUGACAAAAGAGUAAGACAUUUGAUUUUAGAAUAUGUCCUCUAAGACCAAGUUAUUAUGAUGCCAUUGACCUUCCUUGGUCCUUAACAGUUAAAUGUUAUCAGAAUAAAAUAUGGAAGGAGAUUUAAAAUGCACCUCUACUGACAAUGCCCCGAUGUCUCAAUUUGUUCCAAGACAAGACUGUGCCUUCAUCCAUUUAGGUCCUAAAAGGCCAAUUGUGCAUUUAAAUACAAAAAGUGUUAUAAGCCCACCAGCAAAAGGCUCUUAACUCAACAUUACAAGAGGGAUGAUGCAACAUAGUAUCACAACUCCUCUGGUCCUCAAAGGAGUUGGAAGAGGAAUACCUGAAAUACCAAGUUUUGCACAUCCUUUUAGUGUCCAUAAUUAUUGCUUAUGCAAGAGCAGGAUGCCUGUUGUACUUGACCUAUUUGUUGUUAGGUUUUUUUGUUUUGUUUUUCUUAACUUUAGAAAUGUUUACUCUGAAUAAUUUACCUGCAUCCAUAAGUAUACUAAUGGUGGCUCCAAGCUGUGAUUCUACAGGUGUGCAUUGUUGGUGAACAAAAAAAGGUAAACGUGCAAUAUUAAUCUAGGGUAGGGGUGUGGAAGCAGAGUCCCAAUCCAGGUGAAGUUGAACUACAGCUCCCAUAAUUCUUUGGGGUCCUUUGUUAAAACCACCUUUGAUCUAGCACAAGCUCCUUUUGUAUGAGUGAGGCUUGAAGUGCCCUGUGAACUUUAAAAUAUAUAUUUUUUUCUUUCGCCUUUUCCUUUAAAAGAGAAAAAUAUUAAUUUCUUGUUGGCUAUUUUUCUAUCCUAUUAGAAAAGAAACGGUGCACGUUUAAAAUACACUUAAAAGCCAAAGCAUUACAAAAGUUAAAGACCAUAUACCAGCUGUUAAUUUUCUGUUGUAUGUUAUCAGUUGUGUGUGUUAUUUCUGCUAGUGAUGUCCCGAACCGUUCACCAGCGAACAUAGCGUGUUCGCGGUUGCAAACACGCGCGAUGUUCGGUAAGUG